UGAUCAAUAAUCACGGUCACAUUGGCUAGCGCGCAUUUUCGCAAUUAAAAACUUCAAGAAACUUGCGAAAAGUUAAUAAACAAUGGAAGAUAAUUAUGCAUACUGCACUCAAAUGCUAAAGGAGCCACUACAACUUGAAAAACUCAUUGGCUCUGGCUCACAAUUCGAGGUGGAACAGUCGCCAUUUAGUGCUGGCGAUGAUGAUUUUAAUGUCGACGAAAUGGAAGAAAGUGAGAGUGAUACCGGGCCAGAUGUUGAUGAAGAGGAGCUCGCUUCGCCGUGGACCCAAUCGUUCGAAGAACUCAAGAAAUUGAUGGUGCCUAUCAAUGCGAACAUUUUCAAACGCAUAACACGUGAAGGCCACCAGGACCGGGGCCUGGUUCCAGACAAGGCACGUGUCGCUGUGCGCUACAGUGGCUAUUGGGAAGGCGAGAAUUCUCCAUUUGAUUCGUCACUUAUGCGCCGCAGUAAAUUCUAUUUUGAGACCGGUGCGGGCUGCGAUGUGCUGGAAGGCCUCCAGGCCGCUGUACUUACCAUGAGGACAUAUGAGAAGGCCGAAUUUAUUAUAUCCUAUAAGUUGCUGUUUCACGAGAUGGGCUGCCCGCCGCGCAUUAAACCACGUGCAGAUGGACUUUUCAAAAUCGAAGUUCUCCACUUUACGUUGAUCGGGGACUCGGAUGCCUUCGCGGCCAUGUCCGCUGUGGAUCGGGACAAGUUCGUAGUUGUUUAUCCCAAAGCUUUAGACAUGAACAUGCAUGGCAAGGACUGUGUGAAGCGCUAUCGCUACCGCAACGCCGUCACUGCCUUCGAGAGGGCCGUGAGCUCUCUGAACUAUUGCCGCCUGGCCGAUGAUGAGGAUGAGCGCAAGCAAAUCGCUCUCUUGAUCACUCUCAACCAAAACUUGAUGAUCUGCUACAAUAAAUUGCACCAUCCCAAACGUGUGUGCAUCACAAUGAAAGCCUUGCGGCGUCUCACUGAAAAUAAGCCUUCCUGUAAGGCGCUUUUCCAGGAGGGAUGCGCCCUGUCCGCUUUAGGAGAAUACGAACGUGCUCGUUGUAUUUUUAUGCAGGCUCAGGCCAAGCAGCCCGGUAGCACUGAGAUCAGCGAUAAGAUAACCGAUCUGGAUAAAACAAUUAAAAAAUACAAAGAGGAAACUCAAGAUAUUUGGACUCGUGCGUUGUCAGCCCAGAAGUCAAAGGAUGUGAAGGAAGGAACCAAAUGUAAUCCCAGUCUUGAAAAACUUGUGAAGGAGUUUGGGACUUCCGAAAAAACGUCGAUGGGACUUUUGCGGGGUGUUUAUAUGAACUCUGACAUCGAAAUGUUAUCCAAAAUGGCCAAGGAGCACAAAAUGAAACUAACAGUGUCCCCCAUUGACGAGAAUGUCUUGACACUGUCCAAGCUGAAUCUAAAGUGAUGCACUUCUCAUUGAAGGAUUAGAUGUUAAGCGUAUGCUGCCAACUUUUCUAUACUUUAUAUUUCACAAAGAAAUCAAAAAUCAAAAUGGUAUAAAAUCAUUAGUUCUAGAAGAACUUAACGUUUAUUUUUUACAUACUGAAGAAUAUGAAAACUGAAAUGUGUUUUAUAAAUACGAGUACAAGAAUAUAUCAUCUUUCUGUUGG